AUACAUCUGCUGGUUUGGUUGUCUGAAGAGAAUAAAUUGAGGACGACAGAAGAUAUCGACGAGGUGAUCUCAGCUGAAAUUCCAGACCCUCAACAAGAUCCGGUUGGAUACGAAGCAGUCUGUAAAUCAUGCUGCAUGGCCCAUGUGGUGAAGCAAAUUCCAAUGCAUCGUGCAUGCGAGACAAGAAAAAACGCGCGAAUGGUAAAUGUUCCAAACAAUUCCCAAAGGAUUUCAACUCAGCCACAACAUUUGACAAGUUUGGAAAUGUAGUCUAUAGAAGAUCAAACACUGGCGUCGAGGUACAAAAGGGAAGUAUGACACUUGACAAUCGACAUGUUGUUCCAUACAACAGGAAUUUGCUUGUCAGAAUGCAAGCUCAUAUAAAUGUCGAGGUAUGUCACAAAGGUAAACUUAUCAAGUAUCUCUUUAAAUAUGUGACAAAAGAACCAGACAGAUCACUGGUAAUUGCUGAAAACGCUGAUGCAUCGCAAAAUAAUCCGGAAAUGCAAUCUGGGAGGCACAGAGAUGAAAUCCAACAGUACAUAGACUGUCGAUCGCUGUCUGUUUAUGAAGCCAUAUGGAGACUUAAUGAGUAUACAAUUCAUGUAAGAGAACCAUCAGUGGUGCGUUUGGGAGUUCACUUGGAUGGACAGCAAAAAGUACCUUAUAAGAAACAGUCCAAUGUGCGAAAUGUUUUGGGGAAUCCUAAUGUCGGAAAUACACAUUUGACAGAAUGGUUUGCUCUUAAUCGCAGGGAUCCUCAGGCAAGAGUCUUGACAUAUGCACAUAUACCAAAUAAUUGCACCUGGCUUCCUGAUUGUAAAGAAUGGAACCCUCGCAAAAAGGGAUUUGCGAUAGGGAGGGUUGCAUAUGUUCCACCAGGUUCUGGCGAUGUAUUUUUUCUCCGAAUGAUGCUCACAAAAGUCCGUGGCGCUCUCAGUUAUGCUCAUCUCAGAACUGUCAAUGGAGAACUUUGUCCAGAUUUUGAAAAAGCUUGUGAAAAGUUGGGUCUAUUAUCAGAUACUUCAGAAUGGAUACGUGUUCUGUCCGAUAUUUCUACUUCCAGAAUGCCACGGGUGAUACGGAGCACUUUCGUGUCAAUGCUCAUGUUCUGCGAAAUUCCAAGUCCAAUAGCUUUAUUCAAUUCGUCAUGGAAAUCAAUGGCUGAAGAUUACGCAUAUAGGCUAACGAAAGAUCUCAGAGAUCAAACUCAGAAGCCCAGUGAUGAACGACUACAAAACUGGGUACUCCGUGAACUGCAGGCUAUGUUGAGCUCUCAUUCAAUGACGCUUGAGGACUUCAAUCUCCCAACCCCAACUGAUGGUCCACAUGAAGAUGGAGAGAAUCCACUCAUUAACGAGCAUCUGGCUUUUGAUACUGACCAGCAGCAUGCACUAGCAACCUCUAUGCUACAUUCAUUGAAUCCUGAGCAAACUAAUGUAUAUACAUCUGUCAUCAGUUCAGUCCUCAACAAAAUGGGUCGGGCAUUCUUCCUGUAUGGUCACGAAGGUACUGGCAAAACGUACCUCUAUAAUGUCAUUGCAGCAAGGUUCAGGAGUUUGGGGAAGAUAGUUGUACUGGUUGCAUCAUCGGGAAUAGGAGCAACACUACUUCCCAAAGCGACCACUGCACAUUCAAGAUUCAAAAUUCCACUGAUUCUAGAUGCAACAUCGACAUGCCCUAUUAAACACAGAACAGAUUUAGCUGAUCUGUUAAAAGAAGCAUCCUUAAUCAUUUGGGACGAAGCACCAAUGACCCAUCGGCAGGCUUUCGAGGCAGUAGAUCGCAGUUUAUGCGACAUAUUGAAUGUUCCACUGAAUGGACAUCACUAUAAACCAUUCGGAGGGAAGAAAGUUCUCUUUGGUGGAGAUUUUCGCCAAACACUCCCAGUUAUAACUGAUGCUGGACGUGAACAGAUGAUUGAUGGCUCAUUAACUAGGUCCAAGCUAUGGAAUACUUUUAAAGUGAUGUGCCUAUCGACGAACAUGCGCAUAACAGCUGUCCACUCUGCUGACCAACAGCUAAUGCGUGGAUACACGUUUCCAGAAUGGGUCCUUGCCUUAGGAGAUGGGAGACUUAGAGCAAGAUCGUUCAGAGAAGAUGGGCCAUCAGAUUGGAUACAAAUACCAUCACUGUUCCUAAUUGAUCCCGGGGAUGACACUGUUAAAUCAAUCGCAGAUGAUAUAUAUGAUUUGUUUCCUGACAAUCACAGGGAUCCAGCAUACCUAACCAGCAGAGCAAUAGUGACGCCAACGAAUACGACAGUCUCUAGAAUCAAUGACUAUAUGCAGCAAAGGGUACAAGGUAACAUAAAAAAUAUUAUAGUUCAGAUUCACUGCAGUUAUCAACAGAAACAGCAGAUUCGUUUGACGAAAGCUAUCCGACAGAGUUCCUCAGUACUCUCACGUUCAAUGGAGUUCCAGACCACGAGCUUAUGUUAAAGGUAUGCACGCCAGUCAUGCUCCUGCGUAACUUAAACCCUACCCUUGGUUUGUGCAACGACACAAGUAUAGGUGUCAAUCGGGCGAGUUCGGGCUGGGUUCAAUCGGGUUCGGGUUCAAACGGGUUGCGGGUUAGUCGGGUUGCGGGUUCAUCGGGUUCGGGUUCAAACAGGUUGCGGGUUUGUCGGGUUGCGGGUUCAUCGGGUUCAGAUUCAAUCGGGUUGCGGGCGGGUCGGGUUGCGGGUUCAUCGGGUUUUGGGUCGGGCGGGUUGCGGGCGGGUCGGGUUUCGGGUUGUUCGGGCCAGCGCAUCAAGUAACUUAACUCAUUACUCAUUAUCAACUUACACAUUUUAUUACACUAAUUUAAAAUAUUUUCUCAACUUUUUAACCAAUUUAUUUCUACCUCGUAUACAUAUAUACUUUAUUUUUUUGAAAAAACUAGUCAAAAUGUUAAAUCAAUUUGUAUGACUUGCAAACUUGUUAUGUAAUUAAUCAUAAUUGGUAAAGUAUUAUAGCUAAUAGUAAUGGUGAUAUCAAUAUUUGCAACCAAAAGACACCGUUAAUUGUUUAUUUGAUAUUUUAGUAUUAAUUCAGUAGUAAUUGGAUUAAAGUAUCUCGUUUAGUAUAACCAUGCAAAUAUGGUAUUUGGUGUGUGGUAUUUGGCAAAAACAUAGUGAUAAAAGGAGUUAUUUCGAAAUAACUCAUUGCCCAAAUAACUUUAGUAAACUGUUGUCAAACGAGUUAUUUGUAAAAUUGUUCGAAUUAUCCUAAAAAUGGAACCAUUAAAGAUUAGCUGUCAAAUUUAGUAAAAUUAUUGUGACUUCAAUCAUAACUUACUCAAUAGCAUAUAUCCUAUACACUUAGCUUUACCCUCAAUCAACAAUAUUAAGUUAGUAUAUGUUGUUGAUUGUAUACCCUAAACCAUCAAUACAUUAUACACUAACCAUAUGUCCUUGAGUUUUGAUUUUGCUAGUAUAGUUAAUUUAAAAGUGAAAUUCAUACUUUGAUUUUCAAAACAUAGAUAAAAAGUGAUAUUUGCUAAUUGUUAUAUCCUAACCAUAUAUCCUAUACACCACAUACCUUGUACCCUAACCACGUACCAUAAACAUAAAUUAAAAAGGGAUCUCCUGCCGUUAAAGACUUCAAAUGACUUCAAGUGAACAUAUGCUAAUAAAAAGGGUUAUAGGUAUAAUAUGCCCCUCUACUAUGACGUAUUAUCAAACAUGCUCCUCUACUAUUUUUUACAUCAAAUAUGCCCUUGUACUUUGAAAAAAUUAUCAAAAAUGCCCUUCUGUUAAAAUUUUCAUUGAAAAAAUCGUCAAUCGUGGUUGAACCGAGAUUUAGAUGACCCGACAUCGGCAAAUGGGAGGAAAAAUGUUAGUUUUGUCCCAUGUUUUAUUUCACCGGGUCUUUUCAAAGUGAAAUUCUUUGAAUGAUUUGAUUAUACAAAAGAACGAAAAAAUUCUAAAGUGAAUUUAUUAUGGAUAUUUUAGUCAUUUGUGUCACCCAAACUAAAGUUCGGCCUUGGUUAACUGUUUUUGGAUGAAAAUUUUAACAAAAUGGCAUGUUUGAUCAUUUUUACAAAGUACAGGGACAUGUUUGAUGUAAAAAAUAAUAGAUGGGCAUGUUUGAUAAAACGUCAUAGUAGAGGGGCAUAUUAUACCUACAACCCUAAUAAAAAACUUAGAACCGU